UUUAUUUGCCUUGGCUCUGCGAAUCGCGACCGACAGCGAGAUUUGGCCCUUUAUUGUGGGGGCGGCUUUACCCCAACGGUCGAUAUAAACGGGCCCGGAUCAGGCGUGCCAUCUUAGCGCCCUGAGGCUGAGCCGCUGAGGAAUUUCGAAGAUUGGAAACUUGGGACCCAGAGGGAAAGGGUUAAAUACUAGCGGGUCGCGCCGACUUUUGCUGGACAUUUUGAGAGGAGGGAAAAUAGAAACGGAACUUGGAUCAUGUUGUCUGUCCUGAAGAUCUCGCUUGUUCUUGCGGGUGUCGCUGCCGCGCAGGAAGCGACCUAUGCUCAUCGCAUCUAUCAUGAUUUUCGCUCGUUGAAUAAAUGCGGCUAUGCCAGCGAGCCUGCCAACAUCACGACCGAUGCCGAGUCCGCCGCUGCCACCGUGCAGUCUGGAUACCUCACUUCCGACGCUUGGAUCAACGACUUUGGCAUCCAGGUUUGGGGAUCCCCAGCCAGCAAAGACGCUCCCAUCAGGAAGCUAAACAGCAAUGCCAAUGUGUACAUCCACCGCGAUACAUCCAGCCCCUCCUCCCACCUCACCCUGCGCGCCUACCGCAACGAAAACUUCAUCUCCAGCGCCGAAGUCGAGUCCAAAGUGCACAACAUGUUCCACGCCUCGAUCCGCGUGCGCGCGCGCGUCCGCGGCGACGCCGGUGUCUGCGCAGGCAUCUUCACCUACUACGACGACAACAACGAGUCCGACAUUGAGAUCCUCACCCGCGACCCGACGAACCAUAUCCGGUACACGAACCAGCCUGGGCUCGACGAGGACGGGAAUGAGAUUCCGGGUGCGUCGGUUGAUGCGGUGAUGGCCGGGGGUGCGGUUUGGAACGAGUGGAAUGAUCAUCGCCUGGAUUGGACAGAGGAUCUCAGUGUGUGGUAUUUGAAUGGGGAGCUGGUGCAUAAUAAGACGUAUGGGGUUCCGAGUGAGCCGAGUUUGGCGAUUUUGAACAUGUGGGGUAAUGGUGGCGUUUGGACGGGCGAGAUGGAUGUCGGGGCUGCUGCGUAUCUCGACAUUGAGUGGAUUGAGAUUCUCUACAACACGGUUUGAUCUACCUUUGGCUCUGAGCAUCAUUCAAGGCGCCAUAUACUUCGACAUAGACGCGAUAGAUUGAUUUUUUGCGAGGAGAUGCAUGUUGGGUCCAGAAUAUACGCGGGACUUUAUCUACUAUAUAUAAUAAUACGCAAAACUGGCUAUGCUGGCCCUUGACCCUGUUUCUGCCUCGGCAAACCCUCCCGCCAUACCUUACACGCCCGGAGCAGAUAUGAGCCCACGGGCAACAGCUCAUGCUUGUUAAUGAAGACCGAAAAAGAGCAUGUAGAGAUAUUUAUUAAGACAUGGAGAAGCUUCUAGCGCACAUGCAGGUUGUUCUUCUUUCAUGCAAUUCGGCUAUAUCUCGUAGGUGCC